GCACUCUGACCCGGUACACUUUUGAGUAUGGUAAAGUGGGUUUCAGGAUCAUCUUCUCCGUCUACAUAUUUCCUUCUCUCAAUGAGACACCCCGGGAAAUCAUGACCAAUCUUGAGCUUGAUAGUGAUGUCACACUACAGCUAGGUCAUUGUGAUGUAUCUCCAACGGAGACAGUUCAAGUGGGACCUGGCCAUUUGCAUUGAAGAAGCAGCCUAGGAUUUUGCACACUACCAAGCCACCAAUUUAGACAGCAUACUCACCUCAAUUGUAGAAAUUUCUCCUGCCUGCAAGACUGAGGCAGCAUCAGAGGAUCCUUAAGGUCUGCUCCAUUUUUGAAAUUGAUGCAGUAAAGCCUCAUUGCUGGCCUCUUCCUAGGUGGCAGUGUUUAACAGUGAAUUAAAUAGUCUCAGUUAUUACUGUUUUUUUUUUUUUUUAUGGCUCAUCGUUUAUUUUUCUAUUUUAAGAAAAUGACUGAUCAAGAAGAUGUGAUAUAUAUACAAGAUGGAAUACUAUUCAGCAAUCAAAAAAGAUAAAUUCAUGCCAUUUGCAUCAAGAAUGGUUUGAUGCCUUCUGUUUGAGGAAUCUCCAGCUGCUCUGAUGAUAGCUUAAGAAGACUGCAUGCUGUUCCCUCUCGAUGCCAAGCCGGGCUCAGUCAGAACCCCAGAUCUCAGUCUUUCAUGGAGACCAGGUCCCAGCAAGAAGGGUCAUGGAGGAAAUUGGCACCCAGAUGGCUCCUCUGUGUGAAGCUGUUUCGGGCUCUGGGUUGACUGAAGAACAGCUGGUGACUAGGCCAGCCCUCUGUCAGGCACCUGGGGCAGAGCAGCAUGGUGCGCCUUCAAAGGAGGCGGCUCUGGGCAUCUUGCCUGUGCAUCACAGCUACCGUCUUUCUGCUUGUCACACUCCAGGUAGUGAUUGAGCUGGGCAAAUUUGAAAGGAAGAAGUUUAAAAAUUCCAAUUUGCGAGAUGGACAUCCAAAGGAAGAGGCUACACAUCUCUAUUCAUUUCUUAAGAAGGAAGCACUGACCCUGAAUAGAAAAAAAAAAAUGGAAACUGAUGACUAUCCCAUUAUGGUAUGGUGGUCCCCACUGACUGGGGAAACUGGAAGGCUAGGGCAGUGCGGGACAGAUGCUUGUUUCUUCACCAUCAAUAGGACCUACCUCCACCAUCGCAUGACCAAAGCAUUCCUCUUCUAUGGUACUGACUUUAACAUCGACAGCUUACCUCUUCCUCGGAAAGCCUAUCACGACUGGGCCCUUUUUCAUGAAGAGUCUCCAAAAAACAAUUACAAGCUCUUUCACAAGCCUGUCAUCACCUUGUUCAACUACACGGCCACAUUCAGCCGACAUUCCCACUUGCCAUUAACCACCCAGUACUUGGAGGGCAUAGAAGUCCUGAAGUCACACCAAUACUUGGUUCCUCUGCAGUCCAAAAACAAUCUCAGAAAAAGACUUGCUCCGCUCGUGUAUGUACAGUCAGACUGUGACCCACCAUCAGAUAGGGACAGCUAUGUUCGAAAGCUGAUGACAUACAUUGAGGUUGAUUCUUAUGGGGAGUGUUUACGAAACAAAGAUCUCCCUCAGUCACUGAAAAAUCCAGCCUCCAUGGAUGCUGAUGGCUUUUAUAGGAUAAUCGCGCAGUAUAAAUUUAUCCUUGCUUUUGAGAAUGCUGUGUGUGAUGACUAUAUCACUGAGAAGUUCUGGAGACCUCUGAAACUGGGGGUGGUCCCCGUCUAUUAUGGAUCCCCCAGCAUCACAGACUGGCUUCCAAGUAAUAGAAGUGCUAUUCUUGUCUCAGAAUUUUCUCAUCCUAGAGAACUGGCAAGCUACAUCAGACAAUUGGAUUAUGAUGACAGAUUGUACGAGGCCUACAUAGCAUGGAAGCUGAAGGGUGACAUCUCUAACCAGCGACUUCUCACAGCUCUCAGAGAACGGAAAUGGGGGGUACAAGACAUUAGCCAGGACAAUUAUAUCGAUGCAUUUGAGUGUAUGGUAUGCAGGAAGGUGUGGGAUAAUAUUAGGCUUCAGGAAAAGGGCUUACCACCUAAAAGAUGGAAGGCAGAGGUUACCCACCUGAGUUGCCCAGAGCCUACCGUGUUUGCUUUCUCACCUUCGGCUCCACGUUGGAGCUCUUUGCGAGAGAUGUGGAUACCAAGCUUCCAGCAGUCCAAGAAAGAAGCACAGGCACUAAGGUGGCUGGUUGAUAGGAAUCGAAACUUUUCAGCUCAAGACUUUUGGACCCUCGUAUUCAAGGACUGAUUUCAAAAAGUAUUAGAAUGAUAAUGAUUAGAGCCUUCUUAAGGUUUAUUUUCUAGGUUGCCUUAAUAUCUUAAUAUAAUAGCCUCUCUCUUGACUAUCCUUCAGGGUAAGAAUAAAUUGCUGCAGUACUCAUAAUGAGCCCUAUCAAAUGUCAUAAGAGAUCUGAAUUACCCUUAGGGGUCACCUCUCUAUUUUUUAUACUGAAAAAAUAUGCAAAUAUUUCCAGUGGACAUUGGUCACCUUCAGUUUACAGACAGACCCAUAUGCCUGCUGCCUUUUGUGGAUUCUCACCAAAUGCAGGUUGAAUCUUUAACUGCUUAGAGGAAGACAGAGGGUGUAGUAGCAGAUUCUUGAUACUCAAACCACUAUCUGCAGUUUUGGUAUUUGGCAAACCCAUCAUAAACAUGAAAUGCAUUAGAACUUGGCAAUAAAAGAUUCCAUCUGUUGGUUUUCAGGGAUAAAAGUGAGUAAUAAAAUCUGUGUGAAGGGUAUCCACUCUACUUUUCCAGUCAAAAGAACAUAUGCAUCUCCACCUUCGACUCCACGCUCAGACACCUCUCCGAUCUUUCCUAGCUUCAUCUUACCCUAGUUUCUCCGCCGAAGAGGAAUGUCUAGUGAAGAUGUACCUCCCCCUUGUGUGUUUUGGCUAGUGAGAUGUUGCCAACUGACCCUUCCACUACUGAGCAGAUUAGUAACAUGAAUCAUGACCAGGUGGGGCUGGACAACCUGUAGAUUUUGAUCAGUGUGAGAGUGGAGGUGUUAAAGAUGAUUUUUCUGUUCUGAGGAUAAAGUACAGCCUGUCUUGGUGGGCAGCCCCACCAGUUUUGUGAGCAUUCCCUGUCCUGUCACAGAGAAAAUAAAGCUGUCUUGACUGGAGCAUCCACUGAACCUCCACGAGAGACAAGGUGACUGGCUCACAUUUUUGGGCUGUGCGAGGGUGGAGAGGCUUCUCGAUGACUCUAAAGUCUGUUGCCACCCGAUGCAUCAUGGCUUUGGUAUUCUGAUAGUGGAAAUAUAUAAACUCCAGAGAACAGGAAGAGUCCCUGGCGCUGUCAUGCUCCUGUCAUGGCUUACGGGCAAACCCUCGGAUAGCUCCUCUGCCACCAGCCCACUUACCCCAGGCAAGUGCUUUAUGUGCCUGCUGUGAUCAAUUUCCUUCCUAAGCUAUUCUCUCUGUCUGACUUUGCUAGAAUAAGAGGACUGGAACACACACAUUCUUUUAGAAGCAGGAAGGGUCACUUUGCUGAGUGGGAGGAAGUGUCUAUGGCAGGGUUUUUUUUUCAGUCCCAGCUCUGCUAUUAAUAUGAUUUCUUACAAAUCUCUCUUUUUUUUCUUUUCAUUUUUUUCUUUUAUAUAUAUUUACAUCAUUUUUCAUUUUUUGCACAAAUCUCUCUUAACCUCCUUACCAUGGCUUUAGUUUUGUACCUACAAAGGAGUGAUUUGGCUGAUCUUUCAAGUUCUGUGUAACCUUUAAUUGUUUAUCAAAAUUCAAGUUUUAUAGUUUUUUUAAAUCAUUAAGACAGUCAUAAUAAGAACCACUGUAUGCUUUUCAAAAGAAUCACACUCUAGAUCGGAGGAUGAAGCAUACUAAUUGGGUAGUUUGUAGGGUGGAAAGGAAUUUACUUACCUUGGCUGUUUUAUCUGAUUAGAGCAGAAGAGAAUGCAUUAGAAAGGGGCAUUGUUAAUUAAGGCUAGAUUUUAAAUUAUUAAAUGAGCUUUCUUUCAUUGUUGUUUUAUACUCUUAAAGGCAAGCCUAAGAUAUGAUUUAUACCUCUGAUGACUUAGUUCCAUGCUAUCUUCCAUUCUUCCCACUAAAUGCCUUAAACAAAUAGCCAGUGCUUAUAUACUGCAUGCAUAUUUUAAACCCCAGCAUUUCACUUGGUUUUGUUUUAUCUUGGUUCAUUACCAAGUCCACAAAUAAAAUUCUUUCUAAACUCUUCUACAAUAUAUAGCUCUGAACAAAAUCAGUGAAACAAACUGCUGAUCAUUUAACGUGCAUAAAAAUUUCAUAUAAGAGGAUGGAAGAUAGGAAACUUUAUGGGAGUAAAAAUAAGGUGUGUUAUAAAGAAAAUAAAUCAGGGGCUUUUUGGAACUCUUUUUGAGUAGCCAUAGAUUUAAGACUUUAUUAUUAUUUUUUUGCUUAGCAUAUGAGUCUUCUGUAACAUAGUUUUCAUUAAUAAGAUGAUUCCUGACGAUGGUUGUAUGGCGUGACGGGCAUGUCCCCACUGGAGCAGGACUCUUAUCUGCAAGAUGGGAGCUGUGCUCUGAACUCCGUGCUAGGCCCCUCAGUGUAUUUUUCUGUGUUGAUCCCAUGGUAUCUAUCUUUUUCUUUACCCUACUGUCUGUAUUUUUGAAAUAUGACUCAUGGAUGUGAAGGACUUUGUGCAAUGCCACCUUCUGUUUAGUGCAGCUGUGUUGUCAAGGCAAAUGUAAGGUAAAAAGAAACCUUUUAGAAAUGCUGAAGAAAAUGAUUUCUAAAGGUAGUCGAUAGUUUUCACUUCUUCACCUGAAAAUAGAGAUAACACUGACCUUUGAUCAUGUAGCAAACAUAAUAUUUUAGAACUUGAAUGCUCUCUUCUAAGUCAUAAUAACCUCUCUGACUAAUAACAUGCAGCCACAUCAAUAUGCUGAGCCCAACUCAUUAAAGUGUGACCCUGUUGGCGCUAGUGGAAAUUAUUAAGGAAGUGGGCAAGAGGCCGAGGGAAUAAGGAGGAGCAGAAGUGGUUCUGAGUGGUGGUUGUCCUCUCAACUCAUAGGAGAAGUGUGGUUGUAACACUACGAGGGUGUGACUAGUCAUAGUUGACAGAUCUUUUUCACUUUCCUGGGGCUUCUUUCUUGAUUUCUGUCUUUACGCCUUUGAGUCGCCUGGAACCAGUGACACGAACAGUUUUACUGUUGUCUCUGACGCUUCUAAUAGCGCUCAGAACUGAACAUCAAUUAAUGCCUCCAAGGGUGUUUUGCAAAUUAGAUGAAAACAUUCCUUUCUUCAUUUUCCAUGCGUAUCAUCCAGAGGAGGUUACAACCAGCCCGCAUAGGCCAUACCGAAUAUUUAGAAUUUUACUAUCACAAACUCCAUCACUAAACAAAAACAGACUGAGCAGGUAAUUAAAGAAAUUUAGAGACCAUUAUGUAGGUAGGGGGUGACAUAAAUGGUUUUGAGGCAGGGCAUUGUCCCAGAAGCCUUUGGGAUGAGGCUAACAUACAGAGUGAUCACAACACCAGAGACUCAUCAACUCAUCAGUUUUACUUAGGAAUGUCCUUGAAAGUGAUUGAUUUUAUUAAGCCUCGACCUUUGUCUUUUUAAUAUUCUGUGUGACAAAAUGCGGCGUGUACAUAAACACUUGGCUGUUCAGCACAGCAGGAAUCUUCAGGAAAAGCACUUGUGUGAGUUUGAAUUGGGAGCUGAAUUUGCUGCUUGUCUAUGGAAUUCCAUUUUUGACACAAAAACAUCUAGCAGACGAUGGCCUUUCAGUCUUAGGUUUUGUCAACCAUCAUCACGGAAGCGAAAUGAGCCUGUCACUGUAAGAGAACUGUAAACGUAUUGGUACUGGUAAGAUUUCAGCUUUCAAGUGAAAAUUAAAAUUUUGACAAAUUAUCUUCCAUCACAUUGAACUUGACAACUUCUUGAUUCUUGAAGACUUUCCUGCAGAGAUUGGUGGUUAUGUUAAACAAUGUUACUUUUGACGUUGACUGAAAACAGACAUGGUGACUUGAAAGGUUUUUAGUUUAUCAGUUUGUUUUUAUAAUUAUAGGAAAGAAAGAGAUAGUGUUAUAUUCUAGAGAGCAAUUUAAAAAAAAAAUCAGUAUUUUUUUUUAGUUGAAAAUUUCCAUCAUAAAGAUGGAACUUAUAAUAGAAGACUACUAAAAUUACUGGCAGUUUGAAAAUUGGGUGAGACAAAAGGUAAUCAGAACUUUAAUGAAGGAAAUGAACCUCUGAUUUUUAAAUUGGAGGCCAAGAAAAAAAAUAGCAAAGAACAGCAACAAAAAAAUUUUUAGAAAUAUGUCAACAAAAUAAUAAUAAUUUGGGUCACUCAGAAUGUCAGAUUGCCUGGAAUUAAUUUGAUAUACUUAGCUAAAAUUGGUAAAAUAUAUUAAACUGGCUAUAUUGACAAGAUGUGUUAAAAUUACUAAAAGUUCAAAUUUAAAAUGCAUUGUCAAGUCUAGAAGCACAUCCUUUUGUUCUUUUCAUUCUUCAUUCCAAUGUUCUAUUCCUAUUUCCCAGCAACGAAGGCAUUUCUUCUGUCAACGUUGGGUGAUUUCUGUUAAGAAUUAAAACUCUGACUUGGGGAAUGGCAAUAAUGAUGGUGUGAAAAAAAAUAAUGAUGGUGAGCUCACUAGGCAAGCAGCUCUAUUCUGGCUGAACUCCAUCUGUUCACCUUACGCACAGGCGCUGGGGCAAGUCAAUAUUUACUUAGCCACAGCACCUGAAAAAGUUUCAUCUUACAAGCUGCACUCAGUCAUCAUGUGUAUAGUUCACACACCAUUAAUAAGAAGACUCAUUUCACCACUGAAAUAAUAUUAUCUGCUAGUCUGAGAGAACGCAGGUCACCUAGAUGAGCAUCUUUAAGUAGGAAGUACAAUCACAGAUGUCUUCUAUUUCCUGUGUUCAUGGUCUCAAGUCCCACUUCAGUAUGCGGUUACCCUGGAGAUGGUGGAAGAGAAACAGUGAAAAUGAACCAUGUCUGCUGCAACACCCCCUCCCUUAUUUUUUUGGUCUGUUUACUUUGUGGUCCCUCUAGGGAUGUCAUUGUAAAAACAUCUUGGUAACCUUUAUUCUGGAAAAUGAUGUAGCAAUCUGUGCCUUUUAGUAAGCUGUUUCCUAGAAAGACAGUAGCAAUUGGUAGAAUGAUCUUGUAAUUUAGCCUUCAAACUGGGGCACUUUUGAGUGUGAAAGCUAUUAGUUGAGCCAGGACUCUAGUCAUGAACCGGGAUGUGCAGUUUCCCUGCUCUAGGGAGUAUAGAGGUGAACCAGUGUUUUAGCAACUCUGUGUUCUAAAAUAGUCUGAGCAUGAGUGCAAACAUAGGGAGAACACCUCUGCUAUUUUUUAAGGGUCUCCUGUGUGCAGGGAGCUGACAUGUACAAUGGCACUUUCUUGUUACAAUAGCCAUUGGAGGGCCAGUCUCAUCCCCCUGCCCCCCACCCCCUUUUUUAUAAUACAAAUAAUACAAAACAAAUUUCAGUUUACCUUGGUGGAGUGAAAUGUUAGGUCUUUUUUUUUUUUUUUUAAAUAGAAAACAUUUAAGAUUUGCCAAAUGUUUCUUUUCCAGGAGGUAGAGGUCUUUAAGAUCUCCAUUGGAUGGAGUUGAUCUGUGUUCCGCUUCUUGAUCAAACCUUUUACAUACAGCAGUGUAAGGCCAUUGGGUUGCUUUGUUCUGGAGAAGGGGAGGAAUUUUGUUGUGCUUGGAAAGGGUAGAACCUUCAAGCAUCUUAGUGAUGGAGAGGUAAAGAAAACUGAUUAUAGGGCAAAGUGGAAAUCUGAAUAGAACAGAUGCUAUGGACUCUUGGGGGAAAGAUCACAGAGACUUAGAGAACCUUCCUCCUCCCCUUAUGGGACCAUUUUCCCUGCCCCUUUAAUUUUGAAAAGAAAUUAGAAUUGUAGAAAAGUUGUAGAAAUAAUGUAAUCAACACUGGACUUGUUUCAGUUAGAUUCAACAAUUCAUAGUAUGUCGCAUUUGCUUUUUUGAAAAUGCAUUUUCAAUUUACAAUAUUUUCAAUUCGGAAUUGGAUAAACUGGCCCUAAUUCCAUUAUAAGUGGAGGAAGCUCUUUUUUUCUCUCUGGGAAGGCUUAGAUUUCAUGAUAUCUUACUGAUAAAUUACCUGACUCAUUUAUAGGGUGCUUGCUUGUGUAAUUCUGUAUAAGCCAGUAUUUCCCCUUUGCCAUUGUGAAAACUGGCAAAGGGGCUGGGGGUACUCAGAAAGGACUUCGAAGUAGUGAUGGAAACAACAAAAGCUAAAAAAAAAAAUUUGGACUCUUGUAAAGUGACACUAAAUUGUGACCACAGUUAUGGAAAACCAGCUUUAAAAUUUGAAGAAAAAUAGCAUAUUGUGUUAUUCCCCACCUAUUAUGGCCUUCCUCAUCAUACAGAUGACAGAUCUAAGAAACAGAUACCAUCAGUCAAGGCUGUGAUUCUCUGCAAUUUGAUACUUAUUCAAAAUUUUCUUUUUUUUUUUCAAUUACAGAGAAUAACAAAGCUCUCCAAAUUCCCAUUUUGUUCCAUUUUUUUAAAAAAAAAAAUGCUCCCCCAAAUUCUUAUAAUAAGAAUUUUCACAUUUUCGUAGUUAAGGGCAAGUGACAAUGACAGCACAGAGGGGUAUGAAUGAUGAAGAGUGGAAAACGUGCUUUCUGUGGAGAAGUGAAAAUAGUGUUACUUGGUGAGGCUGAACUGUGUAGUGAAGUUGAUGAGCACAGCCAUCAUUUCAGAGAAAAAGCCUUUCUGUGGUCUUCUUUGGAGAGGCCAGGAUCUCAGUUCCAGUUUCAGGAAAUUCCCAGACAGGAAAUAAGAUGUUGCAAGCUUUGGACUUUGGGGGCAGACUCAUGAGAGAGAUAAAUUUCAACAAUCUAAAAAUUGCUCAGUGACGUUUUGGCUCUAAGGACAUGUACCUGAGCCAAGGUGAAGCCACCCUUCCUCCUCCUGUUUGCAGCCGGCCCAAGUGCCACAGUCUUACCGUCCAUCACCCCAGAACCAGUGUUUCAUAAACACAGCCACAUUCCUCACCUCUGAACUGGCCCUCCAUCCCGGUUGCACAAUCCUGUAGCAAAUUGGAGGGUCAUUCACGAAGGGCAUUGGAAAACAAGGAGAAAACAAUCCCUAAUCUUGUGUGGAAUAGAAAGAAUCUGUUUUGGCAGGAGUAGGAGGGGGACUGCUAUAGAACUCAGGGUUUAAACAGUCUGAUCUCAGUGCUGGCAGCCUCUGAGAUGACCUUGGAAAUGACCUUGUGUCUACUUGAUCAGAACCUCCAGACAAAACAUGCGACUUCAGCCAAACAUUUGUACGUUCCUGACAUUUGCCCGUUUGACAUCACAUAGGGACAAUCUUUAUUGCACAGGCUUCAACUGGACUCUCAAAUGAGCUGUUGUGAAGGGGUCCUUCCUACUCCUUUUCCCUCUUCUUUUAAUACCUCCACAAAUUAUGCAGAAACAUUGGACAAUGCUGAUAUCCAGCUGUGUAUGCUUCACAUAUUACCUAGAAUACAGUGGAGUUAGAUUAAUUCAGAGAUGACUGAAAGCCUAGGAACCUGAAUGUGUAUACCAGGAUUUACAAAUCUCUUAAAAUGUUCUCAUAUGUGCUUGUGGCUUCCCAAUUAAACAGAGAACUUGGUCUCAGGCUGUGCACAGCUUCCCUCGUGUUUACACGAGUCACAAAUUUCUUCAGGGCACAGCCCACUGGGGUAAUUGAUUAAUCUGAGGUAGUCAUUAAUUGUUUGAUGUCUGUCAUCUAGGGGGGUAGGAUGGUCCCAGGGUAAAUAUAAUUUGAGAAUAGCCAGGGGUGAGUGACGGCAUCUCUGUUCUCUCAUCUCCCACUGACUCCAGACAUUCAAAGCAAGUGUGGCAAUUAUCUAACUUAGAAUGAAAGGAGUGACAUGUGGCUUUUCCCAGUGGGGGAUUUCAUUGUCCACUUGGGUCCCUUUGUUUACUGCAUCUUGAAGAAACCAUGACAACCAUAUUUGCCUCUUUCCUCUCCCCUAGAUGUUUCUGGUUCCAUCUGUUAGACUGAUAAAGUCAAAUUUUUGUCUCUUUUUCUCCUUGGAAGUACACUUAUGUGAGUUCAUUUUUUUCUUUAAAAAAAGAAAAUAAAAGUUGAAAUGUGGUACUUGGUUUGAUAAAUUUUUAAAUACCUUUUUCAUACAUCCUCUUUCUUAAUUUUCACUGGCAUAUGGACAUGUUCAUUUACUUGAUUUGCCAGAAAGUGCCUGUCCCUUGUGCAGAGAUGGACCAUUAUAGGCAAAGAAAACAAACAUUCUGCUUUGUAGGUAUGUUUUUGUGUGAUGGAAAAACUCUUCCUCCUUUUCCACCCUGGUGGUGUGAAUGUAGGUCUAAGCCUGCCCUUUCAACUUACAAAAUCACAGGUAUUGGUUGCCAGGGCACCUCUUCUACCUUAUAAAGUAGUUUUAUCUUUUUCAAGGGCUUUUUACAAACUCAUAGUUUCAUCUGGCUCUUUGAUGAGCGCUGCACGGAGAAAGUCCAUACCAGGAGAAAGAUUCAAGACUCACAGCAGGACACCGGUGUCAUUAAAUACUUAGGGCUUCUCUUUGUGUUGUAGGGUGGAGUGUGAAUGGUGGAGCAGGGCUAGACAAUACCCAUCCCUGACCCUGGGCUGUAUCUAGUGUUGCUGUUACCUUUAUGACCUUGAGCAAAGCAUUUCACCUCAAUAUGAACCUCAGUUCUUUCAUGUGUAAAGUAAAGUGGAAAUAGAUGCCAUAUAAGUCACCAGAGUUUUCAAAUCUUACUAUUCUGUUUCAGGCUAAACACUGCCUAAUGAUUUUUGCUAGUUUCCCUCUUCUACCUCUAAAAUACUGUUCUAAUCUCAAUCCUCUUCUUAUCUUUCUCUGUAAACUUUCUCACUGAUCUUGCCAGCUUUGCAUUUUUAAUUAUCAUUAAAUACUUAUGACAGAACA